GCCGCGGGGGAUGGGGAGAGCCGGCGGCGACCCCGCGCCGCCCGCCUGAGGAGCCCGCGCACAAAAGCGCGCGCCGCGGCCAUGGAAGAGGAGCUCAAGUGCCCGGUGUGCGGCUCGCUGUUCCGGGAGCCCAUCAUCCUGCCCUGCUCGCACAAUGUCUGCCUGCCCUGCGCCCGCACCAUCGCCGUGCAGACCCCGGAGAGCGAGCAGCACCUGCCGCCCCUGCUCCACUCUCCGGGCGCCGCGCCGCCCGCCGCCGCGCCGGGAGCGGGGCCGGGAGCGGCCGCGGGCUCCGCCGCCUGCCUGGACUCGGACAGCGCGGCGGGCGGCGGCGGCGGGGACCACGCGGACAAGCUGAGCCUGCACAGCGAGACCGACAGCGGCUACGGCUCCUACACGCCCAGCCUGAAGUCCCCCAACGGCGUGCGGGUGCUGCCGCUGGUGCCCGCGCCCCCGGCGGCCGCGGCUCCGCGGGGCGCCGGCCCCGCCAGCUCCUCCCUCACCUGCCCGCAGUGCCACCGGAGCGCGUCCCUGGACCAGCGCGGGCUGCGCGGCUUCCAGCGGAACCGGCUGCUGGAGGCCAUCGUGCAGCGCUACCAGCAGGGCCGCGCCGCCGCCGCCGCCGCCGCCAAGUGCCAGCUGUGCGACCGCAGCCCGCCCGAGCCGGCCGCCGUGCUGUGCGAGCAGUGCGAGGUGCUGUACUGCGCCGCAUGCCAGCUCCGCUGCCACCCGGCCCGCGGGCCCUUCGCCAAGCACCGCCUGGCCCCGCCGCCCGCACACCGGGGCGCCCCCGGCGGCGGCGGGGACGGCGGCGGCGGGAAGGGGGCGAGCGGCGGCCGCAAGCUGCCGACGUGCGCCGAGCACGACCUGGAGAACUACAGCAUGUACUGCGUGAGCUGCCGCAGCCCCGUCUGCUACCAGUGCUUGGAGGAGGGCAAGCACAACAAGCACGACGUGAAGGCCCUGGGAGCCAUGUGGAAGCAGCACAAGGCACAGUUGUCUCAGGCUUUAAAUGGUGUUUCAGAUAAAGCAAAGGAAGCUAAAGAAUUUUUGGUUCAGCUGAAAAAUUUAUUGCAGCAGAUCCAGGAGAACGGGUUGGAUUACGAAGCCUGUCUCGUGGCUCAGUGCGAUGCCUUGGUCGAUGCGUUAACGCGGCAAAAGGCAAAACUGCUCACAAAGGUCACCAAGGAGCGUGAGCACAAGCUGAAGGUUGUUUGGGACCAGAUAAAUCACUGUACACUGAAGCUACGCCAGUCAACAGGGCUUAUGGAAUACUGCCUAGAAGUUAUCAAAGAAAAUGAUCCCUCUGGGUUUUUACAGAUUUCAGAUGCUUUAAUCAAGCGUGUUCAGGUAUCUCAGGAACAGUGGGUCAAAGGAGCCUUGGAGCCAAAAGUGUCUGCUGAGUUUGACUUGACUCUGGAUAGUGAACCUUUACUGCAGUCAAUUCACCAGCUGGAUUUUAUUCAGAUGAAAUGUAGGGUGCCACCCGUCCCAUUACUGCAGCUGGAGAAGUGUUGCACCAGGAACAACAGUGUGACAUUGGCCUGGAGGAUGCCACCUUUGAGCCACAACCCUGUGGAGGGUUAUAUCUUGGAACUUGAUGAUGGAGAUGGUGGCCAAUUCCGAGAGGUAUAUGUUGGCAAGGAGACCCUCUGCACCAUCGACGGCCUUCAUUUCAACAGCACUUACAAUGCCAGGGUCAAAGCUUUCAACUCCUCGGGCGUUGGUCCUUACAGCAAGACGGUCAUUUUACAGACGUCGGAUGUGGCGUGGUUCACCUUUGACCCCUCCUCAGCUCACAGAGACAUAGUGCUGUCCAAUGACAACCAGACUGCCACCUGCAACAGCUACGAUGACCGGGUGGUUCUGGGCACCGCCGCCUUCUCCAAGGGCGUGCAUUACUGGGAGCUGCACGUGGACCGCUACGACAACCACCCGGACCCGGCCUUCGGCAUCGCCAGGAUUAACGUGGUCAAGGACAUGAUGCUGGGCAAGGAUGACAAGGCGUGGGCCAUGUAUGUGGACAACAACCGCAGCUGGUUCAUGCACUGCAAUUCCCACACCAACCGGACUGAAGGAGGAGUUUCUAAAGGUGCCACUGUUGGUGUGCUGCUGGAUCUGAACAAGCACAACCUGACCUUUUACAUCAAUGGGCAGCAGCAGGGGCCUCCAGCAUUUGAAAACAUCGAGGGCGUCUUCAUGCCUGCACUGAGCCUCAAUCGAAACGUCCAGGUGACCCUGCACACAGGACUGGAGGUGCCGCAAUGCGUAAAACAGCCCAAGCUGCCCAACAACUAAUGAAGCCCCGUCUGACACUGUGCUGGAUUCUGUAAGCUUCCUCAGUGUGUUUUGGCACUUUUCAGUAAGUCAGUAAAAAAGCAUCCUCUUCCCUGACUUCAAACACUGUGCAGCAUGCUGCUCACCGAAUAAUCGGCUGGUUAGAGCUAGGCCACUCCAUUUUCAAUUUUACAGCCAUAGCAAGCACAUCCACAGGACUGGCACUCAACUGCAGAUGGGUACCUGAACAUAUCUACUCUGCAUUGCAUACAUGUGUACACUCAUGUGCACACACACACAAAAACACAUCUGUAAAGCAAAAGGUUAAAUGAGUGUAUUUUCUCUCUCAUGGCUGGAUUUGUGCUUAAAUAUUAGGGAUGCUGGAAAAAAUGGGUGAGGUUGAAGGACAUUGGAUGUUGGAGCAGUUUACCAGUAGAUGAACUGGAUUCCCUUGCCACCUAAAGUCCUUAAAUAAAGAAAGCAUAUGUUUUGACGGCUGAAGUGGAGGUUAUAGGCUCAAGAAUUCCUGGUUGUCAAUUCCAUUCAGGGGCUCAAAUGAUCAUGGAUUAUUCCUUGUGGCUCUAGACUGCAGUAAGCUAUAGGGUAAUGUCCCCUUGGAAUUCAGUGGCAGAACUUAUCUGCAAUGAGAACAAGAUUGAUUCCCAAACACUGCCAUGAAGUAGCUGGGUUCAUUUUAGCUAACAUCAUGAUACAUGUAGAAUUCAGGUUCAGAAAGUUGAAAGAAAAACAUCCUUCAUGCAUUUUAGUGUUUGUUAUUUAGGCAUGACUAUGGAGACACAGAAGAUCUGAUUGUGGUUAUCAGCACAACUCUUAAAAAAAAGUGCAUGGGAGAUUCCUUUGAACUGAAAUGAUAUAAGAUUUAUUUAAAUAUGGCACAUGCAAAGUCUCCCAUAUCGAGAAAUGAUGCUUUCCAGCCUUGAUCCUAAUAAAACCUGUGCAGCUGUAGUUCCAAUGUAGCUUUGAAAUCUGAAGCCUUAAUUUUCUAUUAGAUUACUGUGAGCUAAUUAAUGUCUUGAUCCUAAUGAAACACUUGAGAGAGAUUAAUAGCAGUAAUGCAAAACCCAUCCCUAACAAUUUUUCUGGAUUGGGACAUAAAUCUUUUGCAAGACUUGACCUGUGCCUGGCAUGUCCCACAAAAGCGAGCAGCCAUUUCAGGUGCUGCUCAUGACAACUGGAGUCUGACUGACAGUGAUCUUUUCUCACAGCCAUGUCACUGUCACCUGCAUGCAGUUGUCAGAAGACCAAGCACUGGUUUGCCUAUGUGCUUUGUUUCCUCUGAACCCAGUUAACGUGUGCGUGUCUGUGUGUGUACAGUGGCAAUGCGUGAGGACAAGAUGCAGCAGCCUUGGUGAGCCCGUGACAUCUUGGACUCUUGUCACUCUAACCCUAUAGAAGUGUGGUGCUAUCAAACAAGAAGAGUAUAAACUUUCAAAUCCUAUCAAUGUACUAUUUCCUUUUUUAAAAUCCUGCUGCUUAUACAAAUUUUCCUCUUCAAGCGUACGUAUACGCACACGCAUAUUAUCAGGCAUGUAAUUAUUAAACCUGAAAACAAAUAUUCCAACCAAAAUCCAGCUUACUGCCUUGCAUUAAAGCACAGCCACAGGACAAACAGCCCAGGCCUGCCUUCAGGCAGCCUGCCAGCCCCCAGAUAUCCUGCUGCAGGCCCCCUUCUGCUCUCUGUCUGGAGCACAUCACUCAGGUAGUGCUGAGUGAUGGCAAGGCUUCCCUGUGGCAAACAGCCAGAAUCCUCCCGUGGGUCAUCCCACCUCACAGCCAUUGUGGGAAGGGAAAGGCAGCCCAGAACAGAGCUGGGCUAUUGCACAGACACAAAGCAGUCUGCCAUCCUGCUGCCUGCAACCAACCAAGCAUCCUGUAGCCCACCUCUCCUGCAGGAGAGCAGCGCACCUUCAGCAACGUCAAGACUGAAACAGGAAAUAAAACCAACAAUGGAAAAAUAAUAACACAUGCUUUUAAGUGAGGAAGCAACAGCACUUCCUUUAAAGUCUGGAACAGAUUGUAUUAGUAAACUUGUAGACAAUGGAAUAACUAUGCUAUGCUUAUCUUGGUUUUGUAAAGAAUAUCAGAGACCAACUGUGUUAUAAUCUUCGGUUUCAUUCAAUACCAUACGAACUCAUGCAAGAUUUUCUAAUUAGCAGGUCUGUUUUCACCUACCUCAGCUAGAACGCUACCAGACCCCAAAUUUCCUCUUGAGUGUGCUCUUCAAUGAACCUAACAGUUGUAAUCAUAGCAUUGGUUUUGAGUAUUGCCAGAGUAGUGUAUGGGAAUAUUGUAAAUAAAUUGCACAUAGUUUUUAUAUGGGGAAACAUCCUGUGAUAAUUUUAAUAUGGAAGGCACUCCACUUUCACUUGUAUUCAAAAAGACAGGGCAUUGUUUCUUUUGGGACAGAACCUUUGUCUUUGCUCCCAACUUCUGUAAAGGGAACUCAAAUGAAUUUACAUCUUUCCAAUCUUCAGCCAUUGCCAGAUGUUUAAAAUUAAUUCUGAAUGGGUUUUAGAGGUGUUUGCAGUACUCAGUUUUUGUUUUCAUAGUUGCUUUGGUGUUGGUUCCUGGUGUAUUAUAUUGUGGGGAGAACACAUUGAGUGACAUGUUGAUUUCUAAUGAAUAUAUGGACAGUAGGUAGGAACAGUGAGUAGAGAAGCUCAGUUUUUACCCUCUAUGCAUUCCAACAUUCACAAAAGUAGGGUAGCUACCAUUAUAGUCUCCUUUUAACCUAGCAGAAAUGCAAAUAAGUUAAAAGGAAUACAGUUAGAAGUAGGCUACCUGCAUUAGUAAGACUAUUUUACCCUAGGUAAAGAACUAAACAAAGCAUUUGCAUGUGUUGGUUGUGUACACAAUCAAGGAUUUACAUUUGGCAUGGCCUGUAGCAAUAAAGCUGUUAUCCUCAUAGAGUGCACUCCUGUAACUUCAGCUGGAUACAUUUUCAUAGUUUGAUUAACAGAAAUAAUGCUUAAGUAGUUAAAAUUACUCUAGGAAACUAACAACUCCACACAUGAAUAUUUAUGUAGAGCUUGCAGGGGCCAUCUGAACACAAGCAGGGAGAGGUGGGGCACUCCCACUGCUCUGCUCAGGCUGGAGGUAGUUUCCUUCUCUGCAGGCAACUUCCCCAAGGUCCAUCUCAUUACAAACCCAGCAGUUUGCACAUUCUUCAUCUAUAGUAUCUCUUAUGCAAGCUUUUGUUUCCUCCAAAUCCUUUCUUUGGGAGGGAGUCAGCCUUUAGUCCCUGCAGAAACUGCGUUGCUGACUUUUCAGGGAGAGCCCAAUGCGCAGAAGAGUGGAAUAAAUACCCAAGGGGACCACUUUGUGUGCUCUUCUUCCUUUUAUUCCCUCAGAGUAUUUCUGCAGCUCUCUGGGGCUCCAGGCUCACCCAAAGCUGCCUGUCAUGGGACUCUUCAGCUGCUAGAGGCCAGGUUGCUUCUUACAACCUGGAAAGCAAAGCCUCUUGCACUGGGAUAAAUCCCAUCCACUAUGGUACAGAGCCCACACGAGGCAGCUGUAAAUUGACUUAACAUUUUAAAAAAACCACCAAAGCACAAACAGGCCUUCCCCUUAUUAACAAAACAAAACUUGACUUCUGCACGCACCAGUAUGGAGCCUCUGAACAGCUGCAAAAUAAAUACCGCAGUCAAACUUUCUGUCCUGCAGAGCAACAAAGGACUCUCAGUUUUCACCUACCCCUGGGAGCUCCAGCCUUAGCCUUUUGUAAACCUUCUUCCUGGCUCUUUCCUCUGCCAAUUUCUAUUAAGUUCAGGAGCACUGUCAGACUUCCCAAGGCAUGCAAUGCUAUACAAAUUCCACUUCCUCCCUUUCCCUCAUCAACUUGAAAAGAGCUCACAAGAUCUCUUAGUAAGACAAUGUCAAUAUAAGCACACAUGUAGCUGACAAUCCCUUGCUCCUUCUGCUGUGAAAAAGUAUGUGCUGUAAAAUAAAUCUCAGUGAGGACAGUAAUAUACUGUGAUGUAUUACAAAUUUGGAAAGAAAUUUGACUUCUAAAAACAUAGAAAAGAUGGGCAAACAGCACUGUCACCUCCUAUACUUGCCUAUGCACUUAAGAUACAUAGAGGAAAAUAUAUUGGACUGAACAAAAUAAAUAAAAUAAGCAUGAGCUUACAUUUAUCAGAGUUUAAGAGGAAAAAGUAUUAAAUGUAAUUUAUUAUAUGCAUAAUGUUCCAUCAUGUUGUAAAUAAUGCCAUGAUAGCGUAUUGCUGUAGUUUGUUCUUGGCUGGUGAUAGAGUUCUGUGGUAGUGCUGUGUAAGUUGUUUUUUAUUUUAUUUUUUUCCCCUCAAAGCACAGUUAGUAAAGAUGGCAGAGACCAUCCCACACUCUGGUUUCCCAGUUGUUCUAGAGCAAGAAGAAAUGUGAGAUGCAGCUUGUUUUGUUGUUGUUGUUGUUUUCUUACAUGACAAUAUUUCUUAAGGUAAGAGAGAAGAGAUUAAGGCUAAGCUGCCACCACCACUGUAUGAAAAACACUGUGUUUGAACUGCCAGCAAGAGGUAGUGCAUUUAUGGACCACAAUUUAGAUCAUCUGUCCCUGUGAGAAGGGACACAAAAUUCCACAACCUGGGAACAGCAGCUUUCUGGUACCAUCUGGUACGUCCUUUGCUCACAAACAGAAAGUUGAGGAAGGAGAGUUGUUAGACCUUAUCUCAGGAUUGACUAGCUUUGCAGCAUUCUGCUUUAAAUGGCAAAACCAAGAAUUCAAUUUUGAACCAGGCAAGAUAAUAUGAAAACACCAAGCAUCUUGGCUAGAUCAACUUUGGAAGGGAGAUUACAGUUACAGAUCAACCACAUUGCAAAUGUAAAGGGCACUUGUCACUGAAAAUUACCAGGCAAAGAUGGAGAGUCCUUUUAUUUAUUUAUUUAUUUUUGGGAAUAAAAAAGUGAGCUGCUUCUAGUUUUUACUGACAACAUUUCUGGUGGUUCCUCUGCCCAGCUCUACUGAAUGCUGCACACACACAGCCAGGUGGAGCAGCAGCCUGAAGCACAAAUCCAUCAUUAAUAUGACACACUUCCCAGGUGCAGGUCUUCCCAGGUGCAGAAAGAAGCCCAUAUGCAAACCCAAGAGACUAGAUGUGUGGGGCUCCUGCAUCAUGCACAAUACAGGAGACAGAUGUGUGUUUCACUGACAGAGGCACUCAGCAGCAUUUUCCCCUUCUGUUAAAUGACCUUUUUGUUACAUUUGUUAUUGCAAACAGUUCCAAGCAGAAUUAAUUAAAAAUUAUUUUUAUGCUAAUUGGAGAAUUUCUAACAUUUUCUUGUGAAGCAGUAGAUAGAAAUAUUCCUGGAUCCUGAUUACAUUCCUUUAUCCUCCACCUCCCUUAAAUGUUGUCAAUAAAAA